GAGAUAUACAUUAUUUCAACCCGAGUGUCACGUUUAGAGUGAAUUAUAAAGCGUCAAUGAGCAGGCCGCCGAUGCUAUGCUAGUUCUCAAAUUAGCAUAAAACUGUAGCUACCGGUACAGCUAUACCCAAAGAUGGUGGAUAAAUUAAGAUGUCCCACUCAGGCCGUUUACCAUUUUAAAAAAUGGUAAGUUCCGGUCUGUUUAACUGUGGUUCUUCCAUAUGCACCAAUGCAUUGGCAGCUGGGUCUGGUCUGUAGCUGACUAUGCUAUAUGUACAAGAAACAACGAGGGGUUGGGAUGUCUCGCUUUCUCUUCCGUCUCUGUUGUAUACCUUUUACCGGUUUGUAGCUAGCGAGACAGUAUCGGUGGUUAAAAGUCUUGCCAAAGGUCUUGUUAUCAACAGUGUGCACUGCUAGUCGAUCAGCUAGCUACAGACAGUAAAUACAGCUAGCUAGCCUUUAAUAAUAAUUUAUUACAUUUCUAUAGCGCUUUUCAUAACAAUCUCAAAUCGCUAGAAAAGCAUAAAACACACAAGUAAUAGGUUAUCAUGAGUAGUCUAGCUAAGGAACAGUAUAGUUAGGUCCACCAAUAGAGUCCAAAUCUUUGAGAGCAUGUAUCCUCCAAAGAUGGAGAGGGACAGUUCAUGGCUUGAUCAGAGGAAGGUGGUCAGGGAGAUGGGUGAUAAAGAGUCUGGUGAGGAUCAUGUAGAGGGCUACUCUGGGAACCAGCCUGAGUCAUGUAGCUACUGGACUUCUCCUUCAUAAUGUACAUAUGGCACCCACUUGGGGUGAUGCCUCAGAGGCCCUCGGCAGCUCUGGGCACCAGAAAUCUCACCACACACAAUUCAGAGCACUAGCCAGUCAUCCUCAUUACAAGCCCUCAGCCUCAGUAUGGCAUUCCUUUACUGCACCUCCCAUUCCUUUCAAUCUUCAGGAGCUCUCUGCUUAGGCUGCUACUGGGGCGCCAUGGCGAGUACAGACCAAAUCAUAUAUCGACAGAUUCUGGAGAAGGCCAUCCAAUUCACAGAUGCAGAACAAUUGGAAUCAUUAAAAGCAUUCGUCGAAGCAAUGGUCAAUGAGAACGUCAGCUUAGUGAUCUCUAGACAGCUGCUGACAGACUUCUGCACAAACAUCCCCAGUCUUCCUGACAGCACAGCCAAGGCAGUCUACCACUUCACACUAGAGAAGAUACAGCCCAGGGUCAUCUCUUUUGAAGAACAGGUGGCCUCCAUCAGACAGCACUUAGCCACCAUCUAUGAGAAGGAGGAGGACUGGAGAAAUGCUGCUCAGGUUCUAGUGGGCAUUCCUCUGGAAACAGGACAGAAGCAGUACAACGUAGACUAUAAGUUGGACACGUACCUGAAGAUCGCCCGUCUGUACCUGGAGGAUGACGACCCUGUCCAGGCCGAGGCCUACAUCAACAGGGCCUCUCUGCUCCAGAACGAGUCCACCAACGAACAGCUACAGGUCCACUACAAAGUGUGCUACGCCAGAGUGCUGGACUACAGGAGGAAGUUUAUCGAGGCGGCGCAGCGGUACAACGAGCUCUCCUACAAGUCCAUCGUCCACGAGACCGAGCGUCUGGAGGCCCUGAAGCACGCUCUCCACUGCACCAUCCUGGCAUCAGCGGGCCAGCAGCGCUCCCGUAUGUUAGCCACCCUGUUUAAAGACGAGCGCUGUCAGCAGCUGGCGGCCUACGGCAUCCUAGAGAAGAUGUACCUGGACCGGAUCAUCAGGGGGAGCCAGCUGCAGGAGUUUGCAGCCAUGCUCAUGCCCCACCAGAAGGCCACCAUGGCAGACGGCUCCAGCAUAUUGGACAGAGCUGUUAUUGAACACAACCUGCUGUCUGCUAGCAAACUUUACAACAACAUCACGUUUGAAGAGCUAGGAGCGCUUUUGGAGAUCCCUCCCGCUAAGGACGAUUGUCCCGAUGGUGAGGUCCCUGGUUACAGAUGCAAUCUGGCUGAGAAGAUCGCCUCCCAGAUGAUCACUGAGGGACGCAUGAACGGCUUCAUCGACCAGAUCGAUGGAAUCGUCCACUUUGAGACACGGGAGCCCCUGCCCACCUGGGACAAGCAGAUCCAGUCUCUGUGUUUCCAGGUGAACAACCUGCUGGAGAAGAUCACUGCGGCUGCUCCUGAGUGGACAGCCCAGGCCAUAGAGGCUCAGAUGACCCAGUAGACUGACUGACACCCCCUGGCAUGGAACACAUCACCCACACCGGGGCACCCCAUCUCCCUAUUCCCUAUGGAGGGUGCCAUUUUGGACAAAGCCCCCAAUUGUUUCCCCUAGAGGUUUUGGCUGGGUGGCUGGGCAAAGGUAUGCAAGAUCAUACAUCGCCGUACUCUACUGUGGACUGCAAACUCCAAAUUGUUCAGUUGAAGCCAGAUCCAGAUGUUUUUUUGGCAUGGGCUGAUAGAGCUUCGCCGAGUGUCCCGUCUCUCUCCCUGGAGACAAGUUCCAAUCUGGUGGUUCUCCAGCAUGUUUCUCUACUGUUGAUUAUGCUUGGAGGUUACCAUUCAUCUUUCUAGGACUAAUUAAUGGAUGCUUGUAUCCAUUGGCUCAUCAAGUUACCAGUUGUUGCCAUCACGUGUAUACUGGUGUCCCACAGUGAAGGUGUUUGUUAUUCAGGUUGAAAUGUGAAAGACACACGGGCAAAUUCCUACUGACACUCUUUAUUUGUUGCUGUGUGCUCUUGUGCAAGGAUCUUGUUACAUUCUGUUUGGAGACAUUUUGUUAGCCCUGGGUGCAACAUCAACAAAGAGAUGAAUAAAAGUUGAAAAAAAAGUUUGUGUUAAAAAUA